AUGUUUUCAACUACAUUACUCCUUCAGGCCUUGCUGCUCGUACCAGUGUGGGGCCAUUAUUACGUAGCCGUGAAUGGCAACGACUCUGGAUCUGGCUCGGCCACGGCCCCCUUUCGUACCUUUGAAAGGGCUCAGGCAGCUGCCCGGAGGUCAACAAAGGGCAUGAAUUCUGAUCUUUACGUUUACGUGGGCCCAGGUACCUACUAUCUCAAUGAGCCGUUGAAGUUCACUAGCAAGGACUCGGGCCAGAAUGGCCAUCGCGUUAUCUGGCAGGCACAAGAUAUGACCAAAGGGGCGAAUAUUUCCGGGGCGCCACUAAUACCUGGCCGCAGGGUUCCAAUCACCAAUUGGAAGGCCUCCAGUGUCCGUAAAGGCAUCUAUGAAGCUCAAGCUCCAGCCUUUACCACGCGCCACUUCUACGCCGACCAAGCUCACGCGCAGCGAGCUCGGGCACAGGUACAACGCUCAUGGGUCAAGGAGACUGCCACUGGUUUACAAGUCGUGAAUGACUCGGCCAAGUACAUAUUGACCAUGUCCGGAUUGGAACAUGCCGAAUUCCAUGCUCAUAACUCCUUUACGUCUCGCUACAACCCUGUGACAGGGGCAUCAAAUAACACCAUUGUCAUGGCGCAACCGGCUUGGAAUAAUAACCUCAUUGGGUAUGACACUUUUAAUAACCCAUAUGUCGACCAUGGUCUGUAUGUGGAGAACGCAUUAUCUCUCCUUACGGAUCCAAACGAAUGGUACUUGGAUCCAGCGAGUCAUACCAUGUACUAUAUGCCACCAUCCGGCCUCGACCCUAAUGACAUGUAUCUCGUUCUGGCCAAGUUGGAGACUCUACUCUUGGUAGGUGGCACAUAUGACCAACCUGUCCAUGAUCUCACCUUCAGAGGCUUCAACUACAUGCAUACUACCUGGAGCUACGUCGACCAACAGACAGGUGGUUAUAUUGGUAUAAACAAGACCUACACUAAUUUUGAUUCAUCUCGGCCGUUCUGGUGGCAAGUGCCUGGUUCAAUCCAAGUGAGCGCGGCUCGGAAUAUCUUGUUUCAAAACGGCAGCAUCGUUGCCUUGAUGGGUGGAUUUGGGAUAGGAAAUGAUCCCAAUGCACAUUCAACUGGCGUCGGCCUCGGGGCAUCCGAUGUCGAGAUUAGUGGCAUGCUUCUCCACCAGACGGGUGCCAAUGCGAUUACCAUCGGAGGUAUUCAAGCAAACGCACACCACCCAUCAGACCCGCGGAUGCUCAACCAGAACACAAGAGUUCUUGAGAAUAUCUUUACAGACCUGGCAUACACAAUUGACUCGGCUGUUCCCAUCUUUGCCAGCUAUGCCAAAGACACAUACAUUGUGCACAAUGAUGUAGUCAACGUUCCAUAUAGCGGCAUCUGCUACGGUUAUGGAUGGGGUUCUAACGAUGCGGGGGGCAGUCCGGAGUACCAGCUGCGCGGCCUCUACAACUACCAACCCGUCUACAAUACGCCGACCACGAUGCAGGGUGGGAGAAUCAGUGCAAACCUCAUAUACAACGUCGGGACGCGUCAUUCAGACGAUGGGGGUAUAUAUACGUUGUCGGCAAGUCCGAAUACGACCCUCGACGAUAACUACAUCAAGUCCACCCAAGGAUUCGGGUAUUACCUUGACGAAGGCUCCAGCUUCUACUAUGUAAACAACUCGGUUCUGGAUACAUCUUCGGAGUGGCUCCAUCGAAAUGAGCAACCAACUUACACGACAGGCAACAAUACCAUAGCCAACUGUGCCUCGAAUUUCGCCUCAAGUGAUUCUCAUAACCAAUACAACGACACCAUUGUCAAUUCUGCCCAAUGGACGUCGUACCAGACCAUGUCGCCCAAGCAGAAGAGCGUCGUGUAUUUGGCGGGCGUUCCACCAGAUCAACGCGGUCGCCGGCCGUACUCGAUUGAUCAGGGACCAUUUUAA